AUGACAAUGUCAAGCAAAAUCCUCACGCAAAAACUAGAAGAUCUACAGCCCGUGGUCACAGCAGGAUGUGUCAUUCAGUCGAGCUAUGAAUUAGUGGAAAACGGAAUAGAUGCAACGCUGUCAGAUCUCAUUCUUCCUGGAUUUGUGAACUUCUUUGGCCCGGGAUUAUGUGCAAACAUAGUCUAUAAGCAGGCAGAACUGUCAAAGGAGUCGCUCAUAUCGUAUUUUGUCGGGAUGAUUAUCUUUUCAAUACUCUCCCAGACAAGAUUUCUGUGGAUAUCAAGUGCCAUAUUCCCUGUGAUGGGUAAGGGCUUUAUGCUCAUUUCUCUUAAAAAUAACAACAAACCUUUCCAUUUGAUUGUGGGAUGGUUGAUGGCUUUGGAGAUGUCCGGAGUUCUCGUGCAGAAGCUGCUUUUUAACAAGAAAAUGAAGGUUACAGGAGACAAGGUGGGGGAAAUAUUCAUCUUGAUUUUGGGCUUGGGCUUAGGGAGGCUGUAUCGUCUUCCAGACUACACCAUGAUGGUGGUGGUUUUUCUCAUUGCCCUUGGGCCUUUUGUCCAGUAUAUACUUUCUCUGCCUCCCUUUUCUCAGAAGAAGCAGAAGAAGGAGAGAGCCAAAUAUCCAAGAAUCAAACUUCCAAAGCGAAGGGCGGCUCAAAAAGCCCAAGACACACUCAAAACGGGCAAGAUGAAAUAA